CUAGAAGGGUGGGCGGUGGAAGAGGCGCCGUUCCUGCUCUCUAUGGUCCAGGCGCUCUGUGCUCCAGUCUCUAUGGUUCCCCUUUCCGGCGCGCGCGCGGGCGGUUCCGGCGGAGCCAUUGGCGGUGUGUGAGGCCUGGCGGGGAUGUUAAUGGUGGAAGCUGCUCCCGCCGCUGAGCAGCAGUGACCCAGCCCCGCCCGCCCGCCGCGCCACCAUGUCCGUGGUGCCGCCCAACCGCUCGCAGACCGGCUGGCCCCGCGGGGUGAACCAGUUCGGGAACAAAUACAUCCAGCAGACCAAGCCGCUCACGCUGGAGCGGACCAUCAACCUGUAUCCGCUUACAAAUUAUACAUUUGGCACAAAGGAACCCCUUUAUGAGAAGGACAGUUCAGUGGCAGCUCGGUUUCAGCGUAUGAGGGAAGAAUUUGACAAGAUUGGAAUGAGGCGGACUGUAGAGGGUGUUCUGAUUGUACACGAGCAUAGGCUGCCCCAUGUGUUACUAUUGCAGCUAGGUACAACGUUCUUCAAACUACCAGGUGGGGAACUCAAUCCAGGAGAAGAUGAGGUAGAAGGUCUAAAACGUUUAAUGACAGAGAUACUGGGACGUCAGGAUGGAGUUCAGCAAGACUGGGUGAUUGAUGACUGCAUUGGUAACUGGUGGAGACCAAACUUUGAACCUCCACAGUAUCCAUAUAUUCCAGCUCAUAUUACAAAACCGAAAGAGCACAAAAAGCUCUUCUUGGUUCAGCUGCAGGAAAAGGCUUUGUUUGCGGUCCCAAAAAAUUACAAGCUGGUAGCUGCACCGUUGUUUGAGCUCUAUGACAAUGCCCCAGGAUAUGGACCUAUCAUUUCCAGCCUUCCUCAGCUUUUGAGCAGGUUAAUUUGUCAACUGUCAGUGAAAGAGGUUCCAUUCUUUACCAGUCACAUCCACCUGCUUGCAUGGAAAAAUCUCUGAGAUGUCAGAACUGGUAGCAUCCUAAAAGGCUUGUACCAUUCUUACUCUUUAUUUUUAUCUCCCAAUUUAUCUGCUAUCAGCCUUUGCAACUGCUGGUGUAAUUUUCACUUUUCCUAUAUAAAGACCACAAAGGAAGUCUCUUUCAAAAAGCUAACAAUGCUGAUCUUUAAGCAGGCACAGGUUGUAUUGUUGUUAAUUACUAUGCUUGCAAUAACUUAACCAGAGCUGAAGUCUCACAUCUCUAAACCUGGAUCCUAAGCAGUUAAAAGCAAGGACAUCUGAAAAUUGAGAUCAAUACAUACUUGACACAGUACAAAUUAGACUUCCUAUUUCUUGCAUAAUGGUCUCUACGUUCACUCUGCAAACUUCAGUUUUAAGAGUUUAUAACUCUCAUGUGAAGCUUCUUGUUCAUGCCCGACAUAUGCAGUGUUUGUCCAAUAGCAAUUUUCUUCCACACUAUAAGACUUCCCCCUCCACGAUGGAAACAAAACUCACAUUGGCUUUUCUCUUCCAGAGAAGCUAUUUUGAAGGUUCAAGAAGAAUUAGUUCUAUAGGAUUGGAUCCCUUAGUAUACUUGUGUGUAAAGCUGAAGUUAGUGUCUACCUGCUGUAGACAAUUACUGAUUGAAGUACAAAUACUUCUUGACUGGAAAUUUCAUCUUUGCUUUCUGUCAGGUGUGAGUUUGUUUAGCUCAGAAAUAAAAUAUUGCACACACAACUCAUUUAAUCACUUUCUACAUAUAAAUGAUGAAAAUAAAUCUCUUGCAUG